AUGUCGACACUGAUCAAACCUCCACCAGCUGAUCCCAGCAAAUCCCCAAUAGAAAGCGUGCUUGAGCUCAAGCAACUGACCGACAUCGAUCCUGGUAUCUUCACCAAUACACGACCACUCUGGCAUCCUCCAGGCGCUCGAGGAAUCUAUGGAGGCGCCGUGAUUGCACAGUGUCUAGCAGCAGCACAACGAACUGUGCGCGAUGACUUCACCGUCCACAGUAUGCACUGCUACUUUGUCCUAGCCGGCAAUGCAGAAAUCCCAAUCAUGUAUCACGUCGAAAAAGUACGAGACGGCCGAAGCUUUGCAACACGCACCGUGCAAGCGCGACAGCGAGGACGACCCAUCUUCACAACAACCAUGUCGUUUGUUCGAGAGAACAGCGGAGGUCCCAAGCGGGUCGAACAUGCAGUCGACAUGCCGACAGUGCCUGGGCCUUCGGAAGACUUGGAUAUUCCGCAACAAGACAACAGCCCCUUCCAAAGCCAACGCAUCCAUAUCCUCAAUCACGAAUCGGGUCGGCCGCAAGACAAGAAGACAAGACAGUGGAUCAAGGCUAGGGGCAAGAUCAGUCCUAGUGGAGGACACCAAGCACACCUCUCGGCUCUCGCAUACAUGAGUGACAGCUACUUCAUAGGCACAGUGUCACGGGUGCACCGUCUGUGGAGAUUCUCGACAUCGGACAAGGACGGCAAGUCAACGAUUGACAACUCUGUGCUUGAGAAGCUUCGUGACAUGGACGACGACACGUUGCGGAGGAUGCAAGGGAUGGACGAAGAUGUCAUUGUUGCACUCAGAAAUAUGAAGGACAUCAACAGUGUGGAACAGAGACGACCAGAAGUGGGCAUGAUGGUCAGCUUGGACCAUACCAUCUACUUCCACUCGCCACGCAACUUCCGUGCAGACGAGUGGAUGUUUACGGAGAUGGAAAGUCCAUGGGCGGGAGAUGGCAGAGGGUUGGUGCUGCAAAGAAUGUUCACAAAGGAGGGCGAAUUGGUUGCAACAUGUGUGCAAGAGGGCGUGGUCCGACUCAAGGAGAGCAAGACGGCAAAGGACGUGUCGAGCAAACUAUAG